AUGAUGUUCAGUCUCCACUAUGUUUGCUCGUAUCUCUUGCUCUCCAGUGUUGUGUGGUGCAGCGAUGCCUUCCAGUUGCUGCCGUCUUCUCCUCCAAGCCAACGGUUUUCUUCUUCCGCCCUUUCUGUGGCGACCGAUCCACAAGAGAAGUUGAAAUUGAGUGUGGAAUCUUUUCAAGCCGAACAUCCUUCAGCUAAAAUUUUGGAAUGCGAUGCGGCACAAGUCCAAACGAUGAAUGCGGCGCUCUGGAGUACAUUGGCAACCAUGAGCCAAUCGGAUGAUGCCCAACACGUGUGCAUGACAUUUCCCCAAAUUCCACUGAGCGCGCUCACGUCCUUUAUAUCCGAUUAUGCCAUGCUACGGUUGGACGAUCGAUUAAUGGCGCAGUUGCCCGAGCUGGAACGCAUUCAGAUCUCGCUCUUGCAACAACACGACACAGUGGUGCAGCCGGCCUUGGUGAUUCAAACACAAUCACGAACAUCACAACAAUCCACUCCUCCACAACUACUACUGAUGGACGAACAAAAGUGCACGGCUGCCUUGAAAGAAUUUGUCAAUGGCACAGUCGUCGGAUUGGGUGCGUGCCCGUAUACGAAAACACCGGAUUGGAGUGCCACGGGGUUGGAAAAACGAGGCGUGACUCCAGGACCUGUCGCCUACAAUUUUUGUGCCGACGCCGAUGCGUGUGCGGCCGUCGCGGCCUUUUGGGAAUCCGUCUCGGAAUUGUUGGCGACUCCCGAAACGGAAAUCAGUACCACCCUACUCAGUUUACCGGCGAUUGGCGCAGGACUUACACCGCAGGAUCACGAUCGAUUUGCCGCCGUCGUCGAAUUGAUCAGUCGCAAUUUGUGUCUCUUUCGCGGUGAUGGUGCCGUCGGAUUGGUGCAUUUUCAUCCGGCAUACACCCGCACAAAGAUUCAUCCCGCCAAUUUACCCGCGUUUGGGCAUUUGCCACCACAAUCGUGGCUUCCCGCCAUGUUACAACACAAUAAUGGACAAGACGAUAUUGCACAAAGUAUGAGUGAAAACGAUUGGUUCUUGUCCAAUUACCAACGACGCGCUCCUCACACCAUGAUUAACAUAUUGCGUGUCACGCAAUUGAAUGCCGCCGUGGGAGCCAAGAGUAUUGUCGAUUUGCCAUUAGCUGAUGGAACCACUCAAAAGGCGUCGGGGAUUACACUUUACAGCAAAAAUGCCAUAAGAUUGGCCGAACAAGGAAAAGAUGCCUUGGAUGCUGCCAUGGAGGCUAUUUGGGAAAAGUAUCAGUAACACAUGACGAGCAAGGCUCCAUAGUGUAGUCAGUGCAUUGUUUGGAUAGUCACAUGCAUGUAUAGUUAGUUGUUGACUUGGUUUCAUGUCGAUCUUGCUCAAGGCCAAGGGAACAAAGUAAGACGCAACUUGCUUUCUAAGCAGGUGUCAAGUAGACGUUCAAGUAGACGUUCAGCCAAGGAUGCAGACUUUGGCCUCAGGUCUCCUUGAUAGUUUUUGCAUUGGUUCCUGUACUGUAG